UCUCGCAACAUAUUUCACUAAUAGUUCACAUUCCUACAUCACUUUGUUAAGUAAAUAUGAAAGUUAUAUAUAGUCUUUUCUUUAUUAUAGGCAUAUAGCCUGAAUAAAAAGUUAUAUAUACAUCAGUAGUGGGCAACGCAAGUCCAGGAGGAUGGUUCCAUUUCUUGUAAAUCCACACUGCAACCUGAAUAUAUAAACAAAGAAUUAAAUAAAUAUGCCAAACUAUAUAUCAAGUGGUCUAUUUGAAUUCGUCCGCUGUGAUGAGCACCGCCGCCUAUAUAGGUUAACAGCACAGUCAAUUUAUCGGGCCGCACUUUAAAUCUGGAUAUAUUCAUAACCACGAGCGCUCUAAAUCAAUACAACCCUUCUCACAGUGUUUCGUGUAAACUUUUUAUUGCCACAAUGGGAUGUAUAUGUCCUUGUUUCGAUAAGGACACUUCUCAGCCAGUAAAUCAAACCACUCGCCUCCUCUCCGAUCAAAGUUCUCGACAUCAUUUUCCAGUGGACAAUGAAGAUGACUCGACAUAUCAACGUUACCAACCGAUACAACUAAAGGUGACUCUUAUUAACAGUGUUGACAAACUUUUUAAGAAACACGAAGAAGAAUUUAAUGAAUUGGUCUCCAGCUAUUAUAAUUUAAAGGAAGUUGAAGACAUUAUUCUUCAGCUCUUCCAAAAGGCAAAAACGCCACAAACGUCUGUGGACUUGUGUAUAAAAGUAAUUGGGAGUCACUGUAGGAAGACCCGUGUCAACCUGGCUCGAACCCAUAAGUAUUGCAUGUUGAUAUCGUAUGAUGAAGAUGAGUUGACUUCCAAAUUGGGUGAUACGGCAAAUAAGUUAUUAAUUCCAUGCUUGAGGCAAUUUAACAAUUUCAACCAGCUGAUGAAAGAAAUUCAAAGUCAAUGCACAUCGGUAAAUCGGUCGUUGGUGGAGCUCUUCCAGGAAGAGGUUACGCUGAGGAAGAACAUAAUGAAUGCAGAUUUGGGGCCGUCGCAGGAACCGGUCUCCUUACACAACUGCGUACAGAACUUGAACUUGUUACGCAGAUGCUACGGGAACACGAGGACUAUUCACGAUGAGUUAGAUGAAUGUUGGAACAACGUAGUCAAUGCUUAUCGGACGUUUUGUGAAUGAAAGAAAAAGGAAGAAAAAUUAUAUGGAAAAAAGCGAAGCAAGUGAUUUGUUAUGUCAAUGGUGUUUGGGAUUAGAUGUGAAUUGUACAAAUUUUCUGCUUGGUCACUUUAUAUCUCUUCUCAACAACUUCAAUAAUUGGAUCGUUUUGAAUAAAAUCCAUGGAAAACCAUGUAGUGCUGUUAGAAACAUUAAAAGUAAUACGAGUUAAUGAUGAAUUAUAUCUAACCCAUUCAUAUCUCAUUUCCUGAUCCAUUGUCGUAAAAAUGAUAUUCCUGCCACAUAAAAAUAGUGAAGCUUUAAAUAUAAGAUGAGUAUAAAAUGUUCUGCAUAUGAAGGAUUUGACAAUGAUGUACUGUAUAACAGCUUUACAGUUGGUUUAUUAGUCACCUUACAUUGAGACAAUGACCUUACAGUGAGGUGUGAUGUACUGAGUGUGAGGCAAUGGACUUGGGAACAAGGUGAUGAUGAUCUUUAUAGUGAGAUAACAGACUAAUUAUUUGAGUUAUGCUAUGAAUUUAUCAAUUUGAUGGAGGGAAUAAAAAAUUUCAUUGAAGAAAAUAAAUUAAACAAUACAAAUGUGAAAAAAAAAAAGACACGGGUAGUUUGCAUAUUGUUAUUGUUUAAUUGUAUAACCCUUUAAAUGUGAAAUUAUUUUCCAUACUUAUGCCAGUAAUGAUGUUGAAUAUCUACCAAAAAAAAUAGGAUUGGUAAUUUUCUGCGAGUUUCAUGCCUCAUAAUAAAAUUGUUUUUCAACAAAAAAAAUAGUUUGAAAUAUGACAUUUCUCAACAAAAAAAAAAUUGACUGCUUUAUAAAACUUUCUCCAGUUAAGGAGAACGAAAUUUUGAAUGGAUUGUAUCUGAUUUCCACAGUAAAAGGGGUUUUUCCCCCAGAUGAAUACAACUUUAUUCAUUGAAAUAACAAUAUUAACAGUAUUGUUUCUUUUUCAUAAACUGUCCUUCCUUUUGAAAUGGGUACACAUUGUACCAAGUUAUCCUACUUAUUUCUAUAAUAAAUUCUUAUUUUCAUAUUUA